ACAUCUUCAAUAGCUUUUCCAUUAAGCUUUCUGAAUCUCAAUUCAAAACCCUAAUUCUCUUCAGGUCUCCAACUUCUGCUCUAGAUAUGGCACCAAAGGCAGAAAAGAAGCCAGCGGAGAAGAAGCCUGCAGAGGAGAAGAAGUCCACCGUAGGAGACAAGACUCCAGCGGAGAAGAAGCCGAAGGCAGGAAAGAAGCUUCCGAAGGAGGGAGGAGCUGGCGGUGAUAAGAAGAAGAAGAGAAGCAAGAAGAGUGUGGAGACAUACAAGAUCUACAUCUUCAAGGUUUUGAAGCAGGUUCACCCUGACAUUGGUAUCUCCAGCAAGGCUAUGGGCAUCAUGAACAGUUUCAUCAACGACAUAUUUGAGAAGCUUGCGCAGGAAUCUUCUAGACUUGCCCGCUACAACAAGAAGCCCACCAUCACUUCAAGGGAAAUCCAGACUGCUGUCAGACUUGUAUUGCCUGGAGAAUUGGCCAAACAUGCCGUCUCUGAGGGUACCAAGGCCGUUACCAAGUUCACUAGUUCCUAAACAAGUUAUUUUAUGUCUGACCUGUGUUCUUGGUCCCUUAUGCUUAUUAGUUGUAUUUAUUGGAUCUAAUGUUUUAAUCCUCGAUUUCAACCAGUAGGGUUUUAGUUUUAGUUUAAACUGAAAAAAUGUGAUUGUGCACAGCCUCUAUGUAUUAAAAUGAUUAAAUUGAUGCAAUAGAAGUGUUUGAUACCAAA